UAACAAAAUGGCGCUUACCUUAACUGAACAAUUAAUCCGUAACAGAGUCAACUUGACUCAUGAAAACUUAGAGGACAUAAAGUCGCUUUCCCUGCCUGGAACGUUUCAUGAAAAGAUAGUCUCCAUAGGUACAUCUUUACGCAAAUUUUCACGUCUGAAAUCUCUUGAUUUUUCAAGAAAUGCUCUUGAAUCAUUGCAAGGCCUAGAUCACCUGCAGGUGUUAGAGAAACUCAACCUUUACUAUAACAAUGUGAGCACUUUGGAAGAACUGACUCGACUCAAGCACAACCAGAACCUGAAGGAACUUGACCUCCGUCUGAACCCAGUGACCAGGAAUGAACCUGACUACAGACUCUACCUCAUUCAUAUGCUGCCAAAUCUUCAGAAACUUGAUGACAGAGGUGUCAGGGACCGGGAACGACAGGCUGCCCUGGUCCAUUUCAGCAGUAGCCAAGCCGCCGAGAUGACGCCAAAACCUACACAACCUCCGAAUGUCUCAAAAUCCCCACAUCCACGAACAGAAAUGAUGUCAAAACUAAUGAAAGGGCCCUCAGUACUGGUAGAUGAUGAUGUGGCAGUCAUUGAUGUUAUGAAUCGCAACAAUGGAGAUUUUGGCGCUCCUCGCCCUCUCACAGGCUCAGCAGCAAAAGAAGACGCAGUAGAAGAUUACACGUUGGAUAGUUUGAAGUUCUUGAAUGCUCCCAAAUCACCAAAACAUCGAGAUAGGCCGAUGGAUGAUGCUCCUAUCAAAAGUCAAGCUGCCAAUAAGAUCGCACCAGCCCCAAAGUCAUCAGCGCUGAGUAAAGCAGAAGAGUUAUAUCCUCACAUCAUGGCGGCCCCAUCAGACAAUGUGCAGAGGAUUGGAGAUGGCUCCAGAAAGGAUCCUAACCUUUUGUUUUCUGACCAAGUGGAAGCACACAGCAAGUAUAGAGGCCAAGGAUUCUUUACCCCGCACCCUGAUGGCCCAACUGUGAAUUCCCAGGAUUCUAGAAGUCUUCCUCCAGAUGUUCAGGGCUCACUUCUGCAGACAGACUGUGAGGGAGAGCGGAUGACAUCAGGAAAACCUGGCCAUCGUAGAAGUAACAGUGUACCCAACAGACAGGUGCUGAGAGGGGAGGGACAUACAGAUAUGGACAUUGCGCACAAAAAAUUCCUCAAUAGUUUACUCAACCUUGUGGACAGAUACUGGAAUGGCUCUCAGUCUUUGCACAAUCACACAAAAUUUGUUGAACAAGCUGGGAGAUUACUAAAUGAUUUCGUUAGUGCUGAAGGGGGUAAGGAGGAGGAAACAAGAACUCUUCGCCAGACCAUCGGGAAAUUGAAAGAAGAGAAUGCGACAUUGCGAGCAAAUCAGACUGCUGAACUCCUUUCCCCAUCAGAGGAGGAGAUGAAGAUUUCUUUGAAAAGAGCGAAGGAUGACAUGGCUCGUAUGCAUGAAGAAAUCCGCCACUAUUUACAUGAGAACAGAGCUCUGCAGAAAAGACUGGACAGCUUGGAGUCAGCGGCUCCUGUUUCACGAUAUCACAGCGGAGCAGCAGCUUCUGAGACCUCGACGGCAAACCAGAGCGUUCUGGAUGACCUUCACCGACAGAAUGUUGCACUAAAUCAAGAGAUCGACUUGAUGAGGACCAAACUAAAACAAUUCAGCCAAGUUCAGGAGCUGGCCAGCAUGUUGCAAGAGAGUCAUAAAUCUCUGGUGGAAACAAACGAUCACCUGCUGAAAGAACUUCAAGAAACGAAACACAAACACCAUAAGGAAAUUGAGCAGAUGCACUGGAGCUAUGACCAACUCAAGUCCACUCUUGCAUAUUCCUCUGUCUCCAGGUCGCACAAUUUUAGCGGCAGUGGCAACACCAACAACAGUCAAUCCUUGUCCAACCACUACAGCGAUAGUCUUGAUAUGAAAGACAGCUGAGAAAUGUGAAAUAUGUGUUGCAUGUACAAAUGUGAAUAUGUAGAAACUUGCUCUCGUCUUCCUCUAUAUUUAUAGUUUUUAAGCUACAGCAUUUCCAACACCACCAUUAGUUGGUCUAGAAUAGUUCAGGCAUGAAUUUAUACCUCUGAGAAAUCUUUUUUCUUUUUUUCAUCUUGAUUUGUUCAGAAUUUAGCGCCUAUAUCACUCUGACAUAUGCUUCUUCUUCACAUACCUCCCUCAGAUUGCAAUGUUUAUCCUCCCAUUUCGACAGGUCAAAAUUUGGACGCUCAUUUUAAAUUGGAUGUUUUGACAUUUUGAGUACCAUGAACUUUGUGUACGACUGAGAGUUUAAAAGUGAUAAACACAAAAUGUGUUUUCAGGUCAAUGUGGUACAAGUACAAGUACAAGUGUAAUCCAUUUGUAUAUUUUGUUUCAAGAGCUGGUGAAACUGUCCUUAGUCCUGUCAAUUUCUUCCUGUGGAAGAACAGUAUAAUUGCCUUCUGUAUUUUCUCUUUCUACUGCUACAGAAGCAGCCAUUAUAAUUGGUUCCUCGAUGUCAGAAAAUUUAAGCAACCGUUCGAGAUCAUUUUUCAGCAGAAUCAUACAUUUUUUUAAACUCACUGUGCUCACUCUUUGCUCGUAAACCAGAGAUGACCCACUAGCAUACAUUAUGCUUCUUCUUUCCUUAUUUUUUUCAAAGUCUUUUAAAGUAUCAAAGAUGAUACUGUAGGCCCCUACCUACCUAAGUCGCAUCAUCAAGAGCUUUCCUGCAGAGUCUUGUGAGGACACAAGUGGUCUUGAGGUUGAAUGGUCUUGUCCUUGAUGAAUGAUCAAGCUUUGGGCCUGCUUUGUUUUUAAAAGAUGGCAGUGAUCUCCUCUGACUAUGAUUUGCCAUAUAUAUGAUAUAUUGGUCAUAGCUGCUUUGCUCUAUUUCUUGCCCCUUGCAUCGUAUGUCCAUGUAACAUAUUGAAAGGGGUCAGCAGAGAGACAAAUUUGUUAUACCAGUAAUAUUGUUUAUUUAUGAAUUUGAAAUUCAUUUAGAAGGAAAUGCUAAUAAAACUCAAAAAUACAU